GUAUUUCAAGCAUAAAAACUCAUCAAUGGUUCGGUCGUAUUUCUCUGUUUAAAGGUGUAGUUUUUAUGCUCCUCCCCCAAAGACCAGAAAAGGGUAAACAGUUUGGUUUGGGAAAUGUAGGCCUACGACUGCUGCACAAGUUAUCUUCGGUGACACACGUAAUAUCGUGUGCUCCUUCAUAUCUCUGCAAGCAAGCUGUCACAACUCUAGUGCUAGAACUAAGGCGGCAUGUAGCACACGAGUUCUGUUAUGGUGAGCGUUACGGAUGUAUAUUAUACGUUGAGCUGGAAAAAUGAGUAAAGUUCCACAAUUAUAUUACUGUGGUUUAUUUAUAUUUUUUUGCUUUCAAAAUGGUUUCUUCGCCCAAAGUGACCGAGAUUUGGAGACCAAAGACGGGUUUUCAAAGUCUCCCAUAUCCCACAGUGGCCCUGUUGCUGAAUGCUGAGCCUGCAGACCCAAAAUGCUUUGCCUCAGGGAAGUACGACCUAACCUGCUUUUGGGAGGGUAACGUCACUCCUGAAGAGUACACCUUUAAAUACACAUAUCAAAAUGAGCAGAGUAUUGACUGUGCUGUGAGGGCCCAGCCAGUAGGUGGCGGAAAAACACGCUACUUCUGUAAGCUGUCCAAAGUUCUGCAUUUUUUUCCUCUGGAUCUCCACGUGUUUCGGGCCGGAGAGCAGAUCUUCAACCGAAGCAUACUCGUUGACCGCGUGUUUCUGCUGGAUCCUCCUGCCAAUCUGACAAUGACACGGACAGGGAAGCCAGGUCAGCUGAAGCUAACAUGGCUGCCCCCUCCUCUCAAGUAUAUGGAUGACAGCAUGAUGUAUGAAGUCAACUACUUCGCCGCUGGCAGCCCGAUGGGCAAGCGGGAAUUGGUGAAGGCCCAGACGGAGACUACUCUGCGCGGCCUGCAACCGGGCACAAGGUACGAGGCACGGGUUCGAGUCAAAUUCGACGGCACCAUCUAUGACGGGUACUGGAGCACCUGGACACCCACGGUCUCCAUGGAGACGCCUCACAGGGACACAGACCCACUCAUCCUGUCCCUGUGCCUGGUCAUCUCCUUCAUCCUAAUGGUGCUGUGUCUCUCUGUGCUCCUGUCCCGUCGCAGGUUUCUGUUGAAGAAAAUGUGGCCUCUUGUUCCAAGUCCUGAAAACAAGUUCCCAGAUCUCUUCACGGUCUACGGAGGUGACUUCCAGGCUUGGCUGGUCCACAGCACCGGUGGCUUGGGGUGGAGGUUUUACCUGGAGGAACUGUUUUACCUGGAGGAACACCCGGCCCCGCUGGAGGUGCUGUCAGAGGCCAGUAUUGGGUCGGCUGUCCCCGCCUGUGCCGCUCCCUCCAGGGCCUUGCGCACCAUGGGCGCGGAAGGUGAAGAAGAGGAGGGAGGAGGCGGGAGAGUGGAUGCUGGGUUGCCGUACAGUUGGAAGGAGAAACCCCAGGAGCGGUGGCUGUUUGAGCAGCUGCGGCCCCUCCCCUGCCACCCUCUCCCUCCCUUCGGAUGCGCCCCGCUGGAGUCCAAGGACGCCUACGUGAUCCUGAACCAGGACUCCCAGCGUGACGUCCGGCAGGGUCCCCCGGACGACGUCUCGGAGGAAUCUGUGCCACUGCAGGUCCUCUUCACCAGCCCCGGGACCCCCACGUCCCAGUCGGACCUGGGGUCUUUCAGAAACAGCUCUGGGACAAACAGCAGGCUGUCCUCUCAAUCCAGCUAUGAGGACUCCCACAACCCCUGGCAACCCAAGGUUCCCGGCUACGCUUACUUGACCAUAGCGGACUCGGGCAUCUACAUGGACUACAGCCCAAUGAGCUCGGGCAGGACAGUGGGGCCCGGGACGGGUGGCAUCUACGCCAACGAGUACGAGAAUGAAAUCCCCCCUCACGGGUUGCCUCACUCUGGGCGACCCAUUCACUCAGAGUGCUGAGGGUCCCGAGAUACGCAGGCUCGCAAAAGCGCAGCCAGUCAGUCGUCAGUCUUUACGUCGUUUAGAAUUGUCACGCACUGCUUCACUACUGGACUCAAAAACCAGGAAAAACCCCACACAUCUGAGCCAAUGGGUGAGGAGACUGGAAAAGCCACACACAUCUGAGCCAAUGUGUGGGGAGACUGGAAAAGCCACACACAUCUGAGCCAAUGUGUGGGGAGACUGGAAAAGCCCCACACAUCUGAGCCAAUGGGUGGGGAGACUGGAAAAGCCCCACACAUCUGAGCCAAUGGGUGGGGAGACUGGAAAAGCCCCACACAUCUGAGCCAAUGGGUGGGGAGACUGGUAAAGCCCCACACAUCUGAGCCAAUGGGUGGGGAGACUGGUAAAGCCC